UCUUCCGUCGGAGGCUGCGGACAGUCGGUGAGGUGCAGCGGGGUUUUCGUGGUUCUGCGUUGGGCGGCUCGGUUCCGCUCGGUUCCGCUCGGUGUCAUGGCCAUGUCCGCGUUCCAGAAGGUCACCCUGGUCACGUGCCUCGUGCUGUGCGUGGCGCUGCUGCUUCCCAAGAUGCUCCUGUCCCGCGGGAGGAAGGAUGCGGAGCGGCCGGAGGGUGCAGGUCGCUUCCCUCCCAUGAUGCACCGUCAGAUGGCCCCAGAGGGGCGGGGCCAGAGGGGGGCGGGGUCUGGAUUCUCCAGGGCUCACAACUCUGAGGCCAUCGCCAGAGUCAAAGGAUCUGGGAGCGGAACCGGGACCGGAGCCGGAACCGGAGGCAAAUCCAACCUGGCGGGUCAGAUCAUCCCCGUGUACGGCUUUGGGAUCUUACUCUACAUCCUCUACAUCCUGUUCAAGAUCACGUCUAAAGGCAGCAGUAAACCAGCAGAGGGCAGGACUCCAUCAACGCGCACCGAAAACAUGAAGAGGAAAAUCACCGACUACGAGCUGGCCCAGCUACAGGAGAAGCUCCGUGAAACAGAGCUGGUGAUGGAGAACAUCGUCUCCAAUGCUCACCACAGUCCAGACAGACUGAAGGGCGUGACGCUGGAUCAGGAGGAGAGUCUCCUCCUCCAGCUGACGGAGAUCACCCGGGUGAUGCAGGAGGGGCAGCUGGUGGACGCCGUGGCACCACAGAAGAAGAAAGGCCACGACCAAUGGGAAGAUUAUCCUGAGGAGCCUCGUCCAUACUGGGAACAUUCACACUGCUGCUGCCAACACAGUCAGCAGGACCAGUCAGAGUCCACCACGGAGAGGACGCAAGGGGACGGCGCCGAUGGGGUGCAGGCUGGCACCGAUGGGGCGGAGAGCAGCGCAGAGGGGGCGGAGACUGGUGCAGAGGGGGCAGAGACAGGUGCAGAGGGGGCGGAGACAGGCGCAGAAGAUGCAAUGUCUGGAGGACAGAUGGACGAGGAUGAUAGUACAGAUGCUGAGAAGACAGAGUCUGAGAUUACAUCAGGACCUGUGGACAAACAUGAACAAGAGGAGGGAGGGGGGAAACAGAGGGUCCAGGAGGAGGAUCGGAGGGUCCAGGAGAAGGAUCUGAAGGUCCAGGAGGAGGAUCUGAGGGUCCAGGAGGAGGAUCUGAGGGUCCAGGAGGAGGAUCUGAAGGUCCAGGAGGAGGAUCGGAGGGUCCAAGAGGAGGAUUGGAGGGUCCAGGUGAAGGAUCUGAAGGUCCAGGAGGAGGAUCUGAGGGUCCAGGAAGAGGAUCGGAGGGUCCAGGAGGAGGAUCCGAGAAUCCAGGAGCAGGAUCCGAUGGUCCAGGAGGAGGAUCGGAGGGUCCAGAAGGAGGAUCUGAGGGCCCAGGAGGAGGAUCUGAGGGUCCAGGAGGAGGAUCUGAGGGUCCAGGAGGACGAUCUGAGGGUCCAGGAGGACGAUCUGAGGGUCCAGGAGGAGGAUCAGAGGGUCCAGGAGGAGGAUCAGAGGGUCCAGGAAUCAGAUCUGGCCGGAGUCCUGCAGGACGUGGUCAAACCAGCCCAGACAGAAUCAUCCAUCAGUCAUGUGAGGCGAAGGAACAGACGAAGGAGAACCAAGAAAGACCUGAACUGAACCAGAACCAGGGUUUCAGAAUGACCUAUUUGGACGUUCAGAGGCUCUGUAGUUACCGUGGAAACACUGUCAUCUUCUACAACAUUGAUUCACCAGUAAAAUCCAUGGAGUUGGAUCAAUGACAGUGGAUGGACACACUGGGUUUAAGUUCAAAUAAUGAAAAAUUUGACUGGAACAGUCACUUUUCCUUCAGUUUUGUCUGUUUUAACAUAAUCUUUGAAUUUACUCUGAGCUUUAAUGAAUAUCUACAUCAUCCCCUGGUUUACGCUGAAAAAAGUAAAAUGUAGAGAAUAUUAUAAUAAAUCACUUAUUAAAGUUUAAAUGUAGAUUCGCCAUAAAAACAGUUUUAGGUUUUAAAGGGUUAAUUGAUAAUUUUGAGUCAUUUUGGUUGAAGAUCUGAUUCCAUCUUUGAUGUAUUUAUUGGUCUUUUUUUCUUUGAUAGUAACUGAUUAUGAGUAUUUAUG